AAGCCACAUACUCUGACGGCUGACUGCAAUGUCCACAAUAUCUUUUGAGUCUCUCUGCCUAAAAGACGAUGACUGUCCUCCUUCCCCAAGACAAGCCCAAAGAGAGGAGGACACGUUUGACACAGACUUGGAGUCUGAUGAGGAAGACGAGGGCACGAUGGACGCAUCUGUAGCUGAAGUGUACUUGCAGGCCUGCAGGCUUGUGGGUGUGGUACCGGUCUCCUACUUUAUACGAAACCUUGACUCGACAACCAUGAGCCUCACCCACCAUGGACUGGGACCUUUGGGAUGCAAGGCACUUGCCAUUGCUUUGGUGAAUGACAUGAAUAUCAACAAUCUGGAGCUGGCAAACAACCACAUUCAAGCUGAAGGGACCAAAUACCUUGUGGAAAUGUUGAGGGCCAAUUUCACCAUUCAGCACCUGGAUUUGUCCACCAACAAUCUGCAGUCUGCAGGAGCUGAGCAUGUGGCUAAAAUGUUGCUGGGCAACAUUUCCUUAAAAUCAAUCAAACUUUCCGGUAAUGGAUUUACGGACGAUGAUGCUAAAUAUUUUGCAGAGUCCUUCUCCAGCAAUUCCAGAAUAAAGGAGCUUGACCUGAGCCACAAUGAAUUUUGUGGAAAAGGAGGGGAACAUUUGGGACAAAUGUUGGCGAACAAUGAAGCUCUGGAGGUGCUGGACCUGAGCUGGAAUCAUCUUAGAAUGAAAGGAGCUGUAGCUCUAUGUGCAGGACUCAAAGUGAAUGUGAUGUUAAAACACCUCGACUUAUCUUGGAAUGGCUUUGGGAACGAGGGCGCCCUGGCCAUGGGAGAGGCCCUGAAAUUCAACAACACUCUGGUUCACCUCAACCUCAACAACAACCGCAUCACUGACGAGGGAGUCAGCAUGUUGUGCAGAGGUCUCGAGUUCAACGACACGCUCCGAGCUCUCAUGCUGGCAUAUAAUUCUAUAACAGUAGAGGGAGCACUGGCCUUGGUUAAAGUGGUGAAGAACACACCUAAAACUGCCUUGGAGGAAAUAAACAUGUGUAAUGUGCUGGUAAAUGAGAACUUUGUGCAGCUGCUGGAGGUGACGUGUCAGGAGCAUCCAGGUCUGGAUGUGCAGUACGGAGGGGUCGGGGGCUCCAUUGCGAAGAAGCCGCCAAAACGUGUCGACCCAAUGAAGGUCAUCCAGGAUUAUCUGGAUCAGCACAAGCUGCGUUUGUGGGAUUUCUUCCGGAACAUUGACAAAGACGGCACCAUGCGAGUCCCUGUCGCUGACUUUAGGAAGGCAGUGCAGCAAUCGAGCAUUCCUCUGGAUCGAUACCAGAUUGAGGAGCUGAUUCAGAGACUCGAUCGUGACAGGACAGGGAUGGUAGACUACAGGGGAUUGGCAGAUACAAGGAAACAGAUGAUGAGAGAUCACCGUCGGCAGCUAAGGAAGGUCGAGUCCCGUCAGAAGAAAGAGAAGCAGAAGAGCGACCGUAUCCUGAAGACCUUCCAGAAGGCUGUGGAGGCUGUAACACCUCAUGGUUCCAUGGUCAUUUCUCCUGGUGCGGCCAAAGACGACUCGAGUGGCCCGCAGCACUUUUCUGCCACCCCCCUCAGUUCAUGGCACCACAUUCUUAUGUCCAACAGCAGUCGUUAUUCUGUCACUAACCUGAGCAAUGAGCAUGUCCACCUGCCCAUGGUAGGCGGCACUGCGUCUUACUAUCCCACCAGUUCCCUGGCAAUGCAUUCCUACUCCCAACCCAACCUGCUGGAUGACUCUCUAAACUCUGCGCGGGGCAAGUCCAUCUCUGCUCAGGGUAUACGCUCUGAUCCGGAGAUGAGCCACAGCAAGUUGACCCCCACGGCGAACCACCUGACCCAGUCCAGGCCUGCUCUCAAUGCCAAGCAGCCUGAGGUCACUAAAACCAGGAAAGUGAAGAAAAAGAAAACUAAGAAACCAGUGGAAAAGGGCUCAAAGAAUCCCACGCAAAUGUAAAUAAUAUAUGGAAUGUUAUA